CGAAAACAAACUGUCAGCACGCUGCGAAGAUUCGUAUCUCGUCACUGACUUCUAGGAGUUACAACUGGAGUACAGACAAUUCAAGAGGCCGUCAAGAAAGUAACAUUGCACAAAGGAGUUGAGCACGGCGGUUUAUUACGCAGAGAAAGCGAUAUCAAUCAGCAAUUCCGCGAUAAUUCUGACCUGUGGCAACAUGUCGAGAAUAUCGCUGUAUCUCUUGGCUUUGGCAGCCUCUGCUCAUUAUGCAUCGGCACACGCACAUCACAAUGCCACGGAAAUUGACACCUCGGUCCCAUAUGAUGCGCGUAUCUACAUACAUAUGACACUGCAGUCAUUCUUGUGGACAAUUGCCUUCCCAAUAGGCAUGGUGCUUGGACUCUCAAAAUCCAAAUACCAUGUCCCGCUGCAAUCGGUCAACACAAUUCUUGCUUUCAUAGGCAUGUACUUUGGACAUCAUCAUGGAGGGAGGCAAUUCCCAGAAACAGUUCACGGGUUGAUGGCCAAAAUUCUCACAUGGACCAUGAUCACUCAAGCCGCUCUGGGCAUCUUUCUCAAACUCCAUGUCAUGGAACGUAAUGUCCGUCCAUGGGUGGUACCCUUCCACUCUGUGAUCGGAAAGACCUUCCCAGUUCUUGGAUGGACGCAAAUAAUGUUUGGAGUCGCAACCGCUCUCGAUUUUUGCCGAGGAGGUAACCUAGGGCAAUGUGCGGCGCACUAUAUCAUGGGCUCAGCGUUUAUCGGUUAUGCCGCGAUCUUGGUGAUCAUGCUGAAUUUGGGUGGCAAGUGGCUAGAGAGGAAGAAGUGCAGCCAAGAGAUGUUGGAUAGCAGUGUCAUCACUGCCUGGGUGCGUCCUUGAAACUGAACGCGGUCGUCAAGUGCUAAUGUUUGCACAGGGCAUCGUCAACACUUUCACGG